CGACCAUUUAUGAUUUGGCCUCCUACACCCAUCCCUACUAGCGGGGAAUGGGAUAGACAACGAAUGAGCCUCGUCUCUUAUCGUUGGAGCUCUGUCGACCGAUGCUACCUUGGACGGAACCCCGCAGGCUUUCCUUAGGGUCAUGCGCCUCCCCCGACCGCAGCCCCAGCUGAGUCUUUGUUAUGCGAUUACUUAUAAAAGGAAUAGGCCAGCUUCUGGUCGGGGUCUGCAUUCGCUCUUGCUGAUCUUCCUCCCCCAUCACCGCUGCAAAGUCGAUCGCAAGACCGAUCAGUUGUGAAAAGAUCACCAGUCUUCAAGAUGAAUACCUUUGUCGCCAGUCUCGUCCUCGCUGCGUCCUUGGCGCAGGCGCAAGUGAUCUCGGUGAAAGAUUCGGAACCCUCGAUCGCGCAAAUCACGAAAGCUCAAAAGACCACCGAAGACCCGUUGUCGCCGGUCUCCAAUGUCAAAGGGCUGGCUUUCCAGCGCUUCUACCAGAUCUGGCUUGAGAACAUCGACUAUGAAGAUGCCGAAAAGGAUGAGAACAAUAAAUGGCUGGCAGACCAGGGUAUCACACUGACCAAUUUCUAUGCAAUCACCCAUCCGUCUCAGCCAAACUAUUUGGCCGCCGCCGGAGGUGAUGCGUUUGGCAUGGAUCAUGAUGAAUUCGUCCAGGUCCCGGAGAAUGUCUCGACGGUGGCAGAUCUGCUGGACACGAAGCACAUCUCGUGGGGAGAGUACCAAGAGCAUAUUCCCUACCCUGGGUUCCAGGGAAUGAACUACUCCAACCAGGAGACCUAUGAACCCGACUAUGUGCGGAAGCACAACCCCUUUGCCCAGUACAACUCGGUCACCCAGAAUGAAACCCGUCUGCGUCAGAUCAAGAGCUUCGAGGAUUUUGAAGACGACCUGAAGAAUGAGAAGCUCCCGCAGUGGGCGUUUAUUACCCCCAACAUGACCAACGAUGCGCAUGAUACCAACAUCACCUUUGCGGCCAAGUGGCAGCGCAACUGGGUUGCCCCCCUGCUCAAAAACCCUUACUUCAUGAAGGAUACCCUGCUGCUCCUCACGUUCGAUGAGGACAAGACCUUCCCCAAGGACAAUAAGAUCUUCAGUGUCCUCCUUGGCGGCGCCAUUCCCGAGAACUUGAAGGGCACCAAGGACGAUACCUUCUACACCCAUUACUCGACCAUUGCAUCCGUGUCCGCCAACUGGGGUCUCCCCUCGCUCGGACGCUGGGACUGCGGCGCGAACCUUCUGGAGAUUGUCGCCAACAAGACCAAUUAUGGCAAUUAUGAGGUCGACACCAAGAAUCUCCGCCUCAACGAAACCAACCCCGGACCCCUGUCCGAUGACGACCUGUCGAAGUUUACCCCCGAAUGGCCCGUCCCGUUGACCGAAGGCGAGUGCUCCGCGGGCCACGGCAUCCUGGAUAUUGUCAAGGAGACCUACAAGGGUCACAAAGCUAGCCACGACUACACCAAGCCCUUCCCGGUUGAUACCAAGGCUGGCUACAACGUUGACGUUAAAGCGACCAAGACGAAGGGCGCGUCGGGGUCCGCGUCGCCUGUUCCUUCCCCGGACGCAGCAGCUUCUCAAGUGCCCCUCACCCUUGGCUCUGUCUUCGCUGUCAUGAUGGCAGCGGCCCUGAAUCUCUUCUAAUUGCACUCUGUGGCAAAAGAAACAAAACCAGUCCGCUUAUAUGCGGAGCUCUAGCUUUAGUAAAC